GAUUUUCCUUCCUCAAAUCUCCCAGCCCCUCAAAACCUGCUGGAACCUCUUUCGCUCCUCUUCUCUGUUUCUUCUUUCUUCACUCUCUCUUCGACUCUCUCAUCGAGAGAUAAUCACCAGAACACCACAAUGGGAGAACACAAGAUUCUGUUCUCUCCUUCGCUUCUGAUCAUCUCUUCCUUCGCUUUCUUCUUCUGUCUCUUCUCUCCCGCCGUCGCAGACGACGCUGCAAUCAUUAAGAAACUCGCCGUUUCUCUCCAAUCAACCCCUAGUGACUGGACAGGCAACAGCCCAUGUAAAUGGACAGGCAUUACAUGCGACAAGUCGAACAGUGUGACCUCCAUUAGCCUCGCUUCCCAGGGUUUGUCUGGUACCCUUACUUCAGAUCUCAAUCAACUUACCCAGCUUCAAACCCUCGCUCUUCAGAACAACAAUAUCAUCGGCUCCUUACCCACCCUUGCAAACCUCACAAAUCUCCAGGAAGUUUACUUAGACAGCAAUAACUUCACAUCGAUUCCUUCCACGUUCUUCACCGGGCUCACCAAUUUGCAGCAAUUUAGUAUAAGCCAAAAUGGCAACUUGGAGCCAUGGACAAUCCCUGCAGAUCUCGCUGAUUCUUCGAGUUUGGCCAGUUUUUAUGCAAGCAACGCUGGUGUUGUGGGUACCAUUCCAGAUAUUUUUGGGUCGUUUCCGAAUUUGCAAUCCCUACGGCUUUCCUACAACAAUCUCACGGGCUCUCUACCCAAAUCUUUCGCAGGAAGUGGGAUUCAGAAACUUUGGCUUAACAAUCAGGAUCUGGGUUUGUCUGGGACGAUUGAUGUAAUAGCAACAAUGACGCAGCUCAGUCAGGUAUGGCUUCAUCAGAAUGCAUUUACCGGGUCGAUUCCAGAUCUUUCGAAAUGUACGUCUCUGUUUGAUCUUCAGCUUCGUGGCAAUCAAUUCACUGGGGUGAUUCCCACUUCUUUGAUGUCUCUGUCUCAAUUGGUUAAUGUUUCUUUGGAAAACAAUAAGUUCCAAGGUCCUUAUCCGAGUUUUGGUAAAGGAGUUCUGGCUACUCUUGGCACAACCAACAAUUUCUGUAAUUCAAAGCCAGGUCCUUGUGCACCUCAGGUAACGGCAUUGCUUGCUGUUGCGGGAGACUUUGGUUACCCUAUGACCUUAGCGACCUCUUGGGCAGGGAAUGACCCUUGCCAAGGUUGGACUUUUAUUGCCUGUGAUGCGCAGCAGAAGAAUGUUACAGUAGUUAACUUUGCAAAACAGCACUUCACAGGAACGAUCUCAACUGCUUUUGCAAACCUUACUUCAUUGAGGAGUUUGGUGUUGAAUGACAAUAAUCUCAGCGGCCCGAUACCGGCUGCUUUGACCAACUUGAAUCAGCUCCAAACUCUUGAUGUUUCCAACAACAACCUUUCUGGACUAGUUCCAGUUUUUCCUGCUGGUGUAACGGUGAAAUCGGCAGGUAACAAGUUUCUAGGUACCAAUUCAACUUCUGGUGGAGAUGGGGGAGGAGGAAGUCCAGGAUCCAGUCCAGGUUCGGAUUCACAGACAGGAGGUAGCAACUCAACCUCCGCAGGCGCAAAGAGCUCCUCUGUUUCACCUGGUAUGGUUGCUGGUGUAGUGGUUGCCGCUGUGAUUUUUGUUGUUGUAGCUGUUGUCAUCUACAGAUGUUACGAUAAGAAACGCAAACAGAAAACUGGGUUGGUCCCACUCCCUCAGAAUGAGAAGGAAAUGGGGAAGAAUGGAGCAGUGGGCCCUGCAAAUGGAUAUGGUGGGUUUGGAAGUGAAUUACAAAGUCAGAGUAGUGAUACUAGCGAAGUCCAGGUUUUUGAUGGUGGUAAUGUUGCUAUUUCAAUCCAAGUCCUCCGAGAGGUGACGAACAACUUUAGCGAAGCAAACAUACUGGGUAGAGGAGGAUUUGGAGUUGUCUACAAAGGAGUACUCCAUGAUGGGACACAAAUUGCAGUGAAGAGGAUGGAAUCCGGUGCAAUGGGCACAAAAGGGUUGAAUGAAUUUCAGGCAGAGAUUGCAGUCCUUACGAAGGUUAGACACAGGCAUCUAGUCGCUCUUCUGGGGUUCUGCGUUAAUGGCAAUGAGAGGCUUUUGGUAUAUGAGUAUAUGCCACGGGGGACUCUUGGGCAGCAUUUAUUUGAUAGGAAUGAAAAUGGGUAUCCUCCUCUCACAUGGAAUCAGAGGGUGACAAUUGCACUAGAUGUAGCCAGGGGAGUAGAGUAUCUUCAUGGCUUAGCACAGCAGAGUUUCAUCCAUAGAGAUUUAAAGCCCUCGAAUAUACUUAUUGGGGAUGACAUGAGGGCUAAGGUUUCUGAUUUUGGUUUAGUUAAGAAUGCCCCUGAUGGGAAUUACUCUGUUGAGACUCGAUUGGCAGGAACAUUUGGGUAUCUUGCACCUGAAUAUGCUGCAACUGGGAGGGUGACCACUAAAGUUGAUGUUUAUGCAUAUGGUGUGAUCUUAAUGGAGCUGAUCACGGGUAGAAGAGCACUGGAUGAAACCAUGCCAGAUGAUAGAUCACAUCUAGUGACAUGGUUCCGUAGGGUCUUGAUCAACAAGGACAACAUUGGAAAAGCUAUUGACCCUUCCCUUGACCCUGAUGAUGAGACCUUUGGGAACAUUUGUAAGGUGGCAGAGCUUGCAGGUCAUUGUACGGCUCGUGAGCCUUCUCAGAGGCCAGACAUGGGCCAUGCAGUGAACAUCUUGGCUCCUCUUGUAGAACAGUGGAAACCUAGUUCCCAGCAAGGAGGAGAUGGUUGUGGCAUUGACCUCAACUUAAGCCUACCUCAAGUGCUAGAGAGAUGGCAAGCUGACGAAGGCACCUCCAGAAUUGUUGGUGAUUCCUUCUUUAACAGAAGCAUAUCGAGUCGUGGGAGCACCCAAUCUAGCAUUCCUACAAAACCUUCUGGUUUCGCUGACACAUUCCAUUCAACGGAUGGCCGAUGACUGGAGAGUGAGAAUCAAAUUCUGAAGAGAGACAAAGGAAGGACAUGCUUCCACCACUGAUAAAUCUGAAUUGAGUUAUCGACGAAAACAUCAGUUUUUCAGUUCAUUUCUUUUGUGCAACAUUUGUAUACAUCGUGUCAAUCCUCGAUAUAUUUGUUUUCUUGUAUCGUAAGACAUGAGAGCUAUGCUUGUUGGUUUUGGAUUCUCUGAUGUAAAAUACAGAUUGAUUGGCGAGGUAGUAGAAGAAAAUGUGGUGGGAGUGGAGUAGCAUGUUUCAUGGUAUAGAGUGGUUUGAACUGCCAAAGUUAAGAACAGAAGUUUGUAUGAUAAUUCCUUUUUUACCAGGUCACUGAACUCUUGGAUCAAAACUUUUGUGCUAAAUUACAAGUUCUAUUCCUUGACUUUUGUUUGAA